CUGAUUCCGUGAUAAGAAGCUAUAUCCCACCAUCAUCAUCAACACUCUUGGUGCAUAUCAUCAUUUGGGUUUGUCUGCUGGGUGCUUGACUCUACAUAAAUUGAAUAACAUGGUUCUAGCAGCCGUGGGUCAACUAUGCUCAACUGCGAGUCUGGCAGCCAACCUGGCGCAAUGCCGAACGCUGGUCCGUAAAGCAGCUGCAGCUGGUGCCAAGGCAUUGUUUCUCCCCGAAGCCUCAGAUUACAUUGGUUCCUCGCCUGCUGAGACGAUAUCUCUUGCGCGCUCCGUGCAAGAUAAUGAAUUUGUCCUUGGCCUGCAGAAAGAAGCUCAACUAGCCAAGCUACAAAUCAAUGUGGGAAUCCAUGAGCCUGCAUCCAACGACAGAACGAAGAACACUCUUAUCUGGAUCGAUGAGACAGGUGUUAUCACACAGCGCUACCAAAAAGUUCAUCUGUUCGAUGUCGAUAUCAAAGGUGGACCUGUGCUGAAAGAAAGCGCGAGUGUCGAGAAAGGCAUGGAAAUACUACCGCCUUUUGAAACACCCAUCGGGCGCGUGGGCUUAUCAAUCUGCUUCGACUUGCGCUUCCCCGAGCUCAGUCUGGCUCUGAGGCGUCAAGACGCCCAGAUUAUCGCCUACCCGUCGGCAUUUACAGUUCCCACCGGUAGAGCGCACUGGGAAACACUCCUGCGAGCUAGAGCCAUCGAGACACAGUCAUAUGUGAUAGCAGCUGCACAAGCCGGACCACACAACGAGAAGCGAAUAAGCUAUGGCCAUUCGAUGAUUGUAAAUCCAUGGGGAGAGGUGGUAGCGAGACUCGGAGAUGAUUAUGAGGAACCACAAAUCGCUGUUGCUGACAUCGACUUGGACCUCCUUGCAAAGGUUAGGAGGGAAAUGCCCUUACUCAGACGCACAGACAUAUAUCCUGAGGUGUAGCCAGCGGAAGUAUUCCAACACGAAUCACAUGGCCUCGUACAUUUCUCUCUCUCAGGAUUCCCGAUAUUAUGGCUGAAGUAAAGAAAGAUACCGGAGAGGGAGGUUCAUUGAAAGUAUCCUAAAGUGAUUUGCAUGAGGUAGAUUUCAUCAGAAAGCCUUGGUUUAUUUUCUC